AGUGCCUAAGACGCUGUCCUGAGCCUGCUCACCUGGAAGCAGCUGGGGAAAUUUAGGCUUGGCUGACAGUUCGCAAAAAGGGGUUCAGUUCUCCGACAUUAGCUGAGAUGCAGACCAGGAUGAGAAGAUUAUCGGUGUACAUCUUACCAGCUCUAUUACUUGCAUGCUUGGUCUACUUAAGGAGAGAUGCCAAGCUGGUUUCAUCUUCGGCAAACAGAGAACUGUGCAGGCCAAACGUGAGUGUUCCCAAGUUGGUGAAAUCAAGCAAAUGCUUGCCAGACAUGAUGGUUGCGAAUUCCUUUCUCUCCCUCCCUGAGGUUCACCGUGUUUUCUUAACCUAUAAACACUGCCGGAACUUCUCGACAUUGCUGAAGCCCUCCAGAUGUGCUGCAGAGACCUUCCUCCUGCUAGCAAUCAAAUCCACCCCUGUGAACAUAGACCGCCGUGCAGCCAUCAGGAGCACCUGGGGGAAGGAGGCCAUUAUUGGUGGGAAAUUGGUGAGGCUCCUGUUUUUGCUUGGCCGCUCAGAGGUCAAAGUUCAGGCUCACUCCCUCCACCAGCUUUUGGCCUAUGAAAACCUGGAGUUUGACGAUAUCCUCCAGUGGGAUUUUGUUGAUAACUUCUUCAACCUCACACUGAAGGAGCUGCACUUCCUUCGGUGGGUGGCAGAGGACUGCCCCCAUGCGUGCUUUGUGUUGAAGGGUGAUGAUGAUGUCUUUGUGAACACGUACAACAUUGUAGAGUUCCUUGAGCAUCUGGACCCUGACAAAGAUCUUUUUGCUGGGGAUGUCAUCAGCAAAGCUCAGCCAAUCAGGAACACCAACACAAAAUAUUUCAUCCCAGAGUCAAUGUAUCCGGCAUCUUUCUAUCCACACUAUGCUGGUGGCGGCGGAUAUGUCAUGUCACGGCUGACGGUGCAGCAGCUGCAGGUGACAGUUGAGGACACUGAGUUGUUCCCAAUAGACGAUGUCUUUGUUGGGAUGUGCUUGGCCAAAAUGGGGAUCAUCCCAAUGCACCAUCCUGGCUUUAAGACCUUUGGAAUCCAGAGGCCCUUUAAUCCCUUUGAUCCCUGUCUGUACAAAGAACUGAUGAUUAUACACAAACUGAACCCAACGGAGCUGUGGGUCAUGUGGACGUUGCUGAAAGACGACAACCUCCGAUGUGCCAUGUCAGUAACUCAGAAACUAUAGGAUAGAUUAGGAUGUGUCUAAUGCAGUAAAACUGCCAGACUAAGACUUUGAUAGGAGCUGGCUUAAAUUGA